CCCUCGAAUUCUUAUUCUCAAUCCUCUUCUUCUUCUUCAAUCAUCACCAUUCACCAUCUUCUUCGUCUCCUCCUCCACCACAGCUCGGUUCUUGUAUUCAUGUGCUGCUCGAUCGGCGGGCGGCUUUACUCUCUGACUUUGUGCUCGCGAGGUAGCGGACGCUGUUUGAUCGACAACUGAGGAAACUCAUGGCCCCAUCAAGAAAAUCGAGAAGCGUGAACAAGCGGUUUUCCAAUAUUAAUGAGGUUGCUUCUAGUAAAGAUGGAGAAAAUGCUAACAAAAGGCAGCGGGUCAGUCCUGGCUUUGCUCAGAAGAAGCGGAAGUUGUCUGACAUGUUAGGACCUCAAUGGAGCAAGGAAGAGCUUGAGCGCUUUUAUGCAGCAUAUCGUAAGCAUGGGAAAGAUUGGAAGAGGGUGGCUGCUGUAGUGCGUAACCGCUCUGUGGAUAUGGUAGAGGCCCUUUACACUAUGAAUAAGGCCUACUUAUCUCUUCCUGAGGGUACUGCUUCUGUGGUUGGACUAAUAGCUAUGAUGACUGAUCACUAUUCUGUACUGGAAGGAAGUGAUAGUGAAGAAGAAAGUAAUGGGGAUGCAGGAGCAUCUCGGAAGCCUCAAAAGCGGGCACGGGGAAAAAUCCAGAAUAACACCUCUAAAGAAUUAGUUGGGCACUUUCCUGACCUUUCACGGUCCCAGUCCUUUGCAUCAAGUUAUGGCUGCCUGUCAUUGUUAAAGAAGAGGCGAUCUGGAAUUAAGCCCCAUGCUGUUAAAAAAAGGACGCCUCGGGUCCCUGUUUCUUACGAUAGAGAUAAUGGAGAGAAGUAUUUUUCACCAGCCAGGCAAAGUUCAAAACAAAGGGUGGAUGCUAAAGAUGAUGAUGUUGCCCAUGAGAUUGCAUUAGUGUUGACAGAGGCUUCACAAAGAGGUGGUUCUCCCCAACUUUCUCAAACACCAAACAGAAAAACAAAAGGUGCCAUGCGGUCAUCUGUUCAGAACUGUGAAAAGAUGCAUGCUGAAGCAGAGAUGAGUUCUGCCAAGCUUCGUGUUAGUGAAGUGGAUGAGGAUGGUUGUGAAUUAAGCUUAGGAAGCACUGAAGCUGAUAAUGGCGAUUAUGCUAGAGAUAAAAGAAAUUCAAGAGGUAGAGAAGGUGCCGGUACUGUAGAAGGUCAACAAAAGGGGAAGAGAUACAAUGCAAAGAAGCCAGAAGUUGAAGAAAGUAUAAAUGAUGAUUUGGAUGACAUAAAGGAAGCCUGUAGUGGAACAGAGGAAGGACAAAAACCUGUUGCUGUCAAAGGAAAGCUUGAAAGUGAGGUUGUUGCCAGGUCCUCUUUCAAGGGUCUGAGGAAGAGAAGUAAAAAAGUUCUUUUUGGAGAAGAUGAAGGCUCUGCCUUUGAUGCCUUGCAAACUUUGGCAGAUCUGUCUUUGAUGAUGCCAGAUACCGAGUUAUCUGCACUGGACAAAGAAGAAAGUCUUGAUAUGAUUGACAAUUCUAAGGUGAAAGGGAAUCAUUUUAUUCCUGGAGUCAAAGUCAGUUCUUUGAGAACUGCUAAGCUGGACAAAGGUUUUGCUCACAACAUUGGUGCUAUUCCAGAAACGAAGGAAGAAACUCACCAAUCUAAUACUGGAAUGCGAAAAAGGAAACAAAAAAUUUUACCUUUUAAAUUGCAGAAUGUUGAAAAUGAAGCUCGUUCUGAUUCUCAUAUGAGCGAAUCUAAAAAAAUUGAGGCUAUUGCUGAAGUGAAGGUGUCCUUGAGUAAAGGUAAACGCUCUUCUCAUAAUGCCACACAACCAAAACCAGGAAAGAUGGUGAAACCAACAGAACAUACAUCCUCAAGUACUGAUCUCAGAAGGGAAGGGAACGAUUCAGCUCUAUCAACUUUACAGGUUUCAUCAGCAGACCAGGUCAAACUACCAACUAAAGUUAGGAGUAGGCGGAAGAUGGAUGUACAGAAACUACUGAUACAGAAUGAUUCAAAGUCUUCUGAAAGUAUAUUUAAUGAACAUCCUAAGAUACCCAUUCCUUCACCUGAUGACAGAGCAGUUAGUCUGAAGGAAAAGCUUUCUAAUUGCCUAUCUGGGUAUCAAGCACGGAGAUGGUGCACUUUUGAGUGGUUCUACAGUGCAAUUGAUUAUCCAUGGUUUGCAAAAAGGGAGUUCGUGGAGUACUUGGAUCAUGUUGGAUUGGGUCAUGUUCCAAGAUUAACCCGUGUUGAAUGGGGUGUCAUAAGGAGUUCACUUGGCAGACCCCGAAGAUUUUCUGAGCAAUUUCUGAAGGAAGAGAGAGAGAAGCUAAAUCAGUACCGGGAAUCUGUUAGAAGACAUUAUGCUGAACUUCGUGCUGGUACCAGGGAAGGGCUUCCAACUGAUUUAGCUCGUCCUUUAUCAGUUGGACAACGUGUUAUUGCUCUUCAUCCGAGGACACGAGAAAUUCAUGAUGGAAGUGUAUUAACUGUUGACCAUAGUAGGUGUCGAAUUCAGUUUGACCGGCCUGAACUAGGGGUUGAAUUUGUCCUGGAUAUUGAUUGCAUGCCUUUAAAUCCAGUGGAAAAUAUGCCUGCAACUCUUAUUAGAAAUGUCGCUGUGAAUAAAUUAUUUGAAAACUUCAAUGAGCUCAAGAUUAAAUUUUCCCCAAAUGAGAACCUGGACAACACAGAUGGUCCUUAUAAUUCCACAUCAUCUCAUCAGAUCAGCAAUUUAUUAAAGCAGGGUGGGUCACCAAGUUCUGGUGUUCCAGCUAAAGUAAAGCCUAGUGAAAUCACUAAUACCCAACAAGCAGCAAAUUCUCAGUUUUCACUUCUUGCCCAGAUUCAAGCAAAGGAAGCUGAUAUACAAGCUCUUUCUGCGUUGACUUGUUCUCUUGAGAAAAAGGAAGCUGUGGUGUCAGAGCUGAAGCGCAUGAAUGAAGCGGUAUUUGAAAACAAAAAAGAUGGGGAUAACUCUCUCAAGGAUUCAGAACAUUUUAAGAAGCAAUAUGCUGCAGUACUCUUACAGUUAAAUGAAGUCAAUGAGCAGGUUUCUUCUGCUCUGUUUUGCUUGAGGCAACGUAACACGUAUCAACAGAGCUCCCCACUUAUGUUGUUGAAGCCCACGGCUAGUUUAGGUGACCCUGGUGGUCAGUUGAACUCUUUCGAUUGUUCUACUUGUCAUAACCAAGAAUCUGGGCCUCAUGUUACUGAAAUUGUCGAAAGUUCAAGAACAAAAGCUCAAAUUAUGGUUGAAGUGGCUAUGCAGGCAGUUUCAUGUUUUAGAAAGGGGGGAGUUAACAUUGAGAAGAUUGAGGAGGCUAUAGAUUUUGUAAAUAAUCAGCUUUUAGUAGAUGAAUCUAGCAUGUUAGCCAGGAGGGCUUCCACUCCUGCGGAUUCUAUUCAUGUUACUGAGGCAUCUCAGGAUCAUUCAACUGCCUGUACAUCGUCAGCAACUGAUCAUGCACCUGAUCCUAAGUCAGACACAUUGUCCGACCGAAAUGAAGCAAAAAUCCCUUCAGAACUUAUUGCUAACUGUAUAGCUACUUUGUUCAUGAUUCAGAAAUGCACGGAACGUCAGUUUCCACCAGCUGAUGUUGCCCAGGUGCUUGAUUCUGCUGUAACAAGUUUGCAGCCAUGUUGUUCACAGAAUCUUCCAAUUUACGCAGAGAUACAGAAAUGCAUGGGAAUUAUCAGAAAUCAGAUAUUGGCACUCAUACCUACAUAGCAAUCAUUACUGAAGCAAUAUAUUUCAAUCCGGGUUCAUCAUUGCCUUGGCGGAGUAAGCUUAUAUGCCACAAAUAGAAUUUGGUUUCACAAGCCUGCUUGAGGAAGAGAGGAGAGGGAGAGAGUGCUGUGAUAUUCGGAGGGGAGCAAGCACUGUUGUAAUUAUACGACACAAUGGGGUAGUGGCGAUGCAUAGCGUUUUGCUCCUCAUUAGUGUGUCCACCGGCAGCUUCACCUCAGGCCAAACAAUCAAUCACUCUCAGAAAACAAGGUAAAAUGCCCGAAAAUUCAUUGGGACGCAAAUUAAAUUCAUGAUUGUAAUUUGUAAGUAGAUUGCCACUGAUGGGUGUCCAACAUGCCAGCAAUGGGGUGUCUACUAACAGCUGACGCAUGUUGGUCCCACGUUCCACCCGUUAUAAGAUAUCUUUCCCACAUUACAAGUAAUCUGUUACCAUAUGCUUUAAGCUUCAUGUUUACAUCUUACUUUA